GUGGGAGGGCAUCUGACUCUGUGCACUUCCACGCCGCGCUCCUAGGCCCCGCUGUGUCUCCGGUGUGUGCGCGUGACCCGGAUGUUUUGCGUGGCUCCGUAGUAACGCUCGUCCCGCUGCUCGUCCCGCGACAGCUGUUCACCGAAACCCCCGCACCAAAAAAACCCCCGCACGUCUCUGCGCGCGCACGGACCCCCGCACCUCGACAUGACCUGCCCCGUCAGCGCCCUGCGGCUUUUGUGAGCGCGCACGGCGGGCUGCGGCUGCUCACGGACGCGCGCACGCACCCAAACAUGGACCCGCUGCUGGAGUUUGAGGAGUGCGUCAAAGACACGCCGCGCUUCAGACGGAGCCUGGACCAGUUUGAGGCUGAAGUCUGUCACCUGGAAACAGCUCUGGAAAAGGUGGUGAAACUUUGCGGGCGUCUGGUGGAGGCGGGACAAUCGUACAACUCGACCAAUCAGCAGUUCCUGAGCGGCUUAAAGGAGCUGUGCGGGUUUUACCACAAAGACGGCGUCAUCACAGGUUGUCUGGAGCAGUUCCAUCAGGCUCUGAGUGAAAUCCUCAGCUUCCACACUAUGUUUCUGGAUCAGACUCAGAGGGCCAUCGGUCAGCAGCUCUCCAACCUCUGCUCCCAGUUCCUGCCGCCUCUGGCCGACUGCAGGAGGGAGUUCGUGAGGAUCGGGGACGACCUGGAGUCUGUGAGUCUGAAGAACGCUCAGGUCUCCAGAGUGAAGCCCGCUGAAGCCGAGAGGAGCUCACACCUGCUGCUCGCCACCAGGAAGUGCUACCAACACUUCGCCCUGGACUACUGCCUGCAGUUGAACUCCUUCAGGACGCAGCAAAGAGCCGACAUCCUCAACUCAAUCUUCUCGUACGUUCAGGCCCAGAGCACCUUCUUCCACCAGGGCUUCGACCUCCUGAGAGACCUGGAGCCCAACAUCAAGACCAUGGCCAACCAGAUUUCUCGAGUGUCGUCUGAGUGUUCAGCCAAAAGGAAAGAUCUGGAAAACAGACACCAGCUCGUCCAGCAGAGGGAUGCGUGUGGGGAGCCGUGGGCAGGUCCGUGUCCGCUCAGUGGAGAUUCUCUUCAGGGAAAACUGUUCAAACGGAGCCGCCGGAAAACCAAGACCUGGAAGAGAUGUUGGUUUUCCAUUCGGGACAAUCAGCUCCUCUACAGAAAAUCUCAUAAGGAGGAUCUCGUGGUUCUGUUCGAGGACCUCAGACUUUGUGCUGUGAAAAUAUUAGAAAACAUCGACCGAAGAUUCUGCUUCGAACUGCUCUCUGUGCAGAAGUCCUGUGUUCUUCAGGCAGACUCGGAGCCUCUGAGACAGACCUGGGUCACGGCUUUACAGGGAAGCAUCGACGAGGCCUACAGAGACUCACAGUCUCCAGACUCUCCUCCGCGCGCCCCCCCUCAGGCGUCUCCUCGUGCCCAGGAGAGGCUCACUGUUCUGGGUGUGGCUCUGCAGGGGCCUGGGAACCUCUGGUGCUGCGACUGUGGAGCAGAAGAACCUCGCUGGGCCUCAGUCAAUCUGGGAGUCACCGUCUGUAUCCACUGUUCUGGAAUACACAGGAGUUUUGGAGUUCACGUGUCAAAGGUCAGAUCCAUCACUCUGGACUCAUGGGACCCAGAACAUCUCAAGCUGCUGUGCAUUCUGGGAAACGAUGUGAUGAACAGAAUUUACGAGAGUCGCUGUUCGGACGAGGGGAGAGUCAAACCGCAGCCCGACGCUCCACGAUCAGAAAAAGAAAAGUGGAUUCGAGAAAAGUACGUGGAGAAGAGAUUUGUGCAAAGAGAAAGUCCAGAUUGUUCUAAGGAGGAGCUGGCGCAGCGUUUGUACCGGGCGGCGCUGGAGGGGGACCUGGUCUCCAUGGCGACUGCUUUGGCUCAGGGGUCAGAGGUCAACGCCGUGGUGCCGGAGGAACACGGACGCACGGCGCUGAUCGGAGCCGCCAUCGGGGGGUCGCUGUUGGCCUGUGAGUUUCUUCUUCUGAACGGAGCCAACGUGAAUCACAGAGACCUGAGUGGACAGGGCGCUCUGCACGCCGCUGCCACCGCUGGACACACCGGUCAGGUGUGUUUGCUGCUGAAGCGAGGAGCCAAUCAGUACGCAGCAGACGAGCGAGGACACGACCCUCUGGCCAUCGCCAUGGAGACCGCCCACGCCGACAUCGUCACUCUGUUGAGGAUGGCCCGAAUGAACGAAGAGAUGAAAGACUCUGAGGGACUGUUUGGAGCCACAGGAGACGAUGAGACGUUCCAGGACAUUUUCCGUGACUUCAGUGACAUGGCGUCGCACCAACCGGACAAACUGAGCCGCCGCAAGUUCAGCCGCGACGCAGAGGAAGAACCAGAGUUUAACAAAGAAUAAACAGAAAAACACCAGAGACGAGACGCAGAGGAAGAACCAGAGUUUAACAAAGAAUAAACAGAAAAACACCAGAGACGAGACGCAGAGGAAGAACCAGAGUUUAACAAAGAAUAAACAGAAAAACACCAGAGACGAGACGCAGAGGAAGAACCAGAGUUUAACAAAGAAUAAACAGAAAAACACCACAGACGAGACGCAGAGGAAGAACCAGAGUUUAACAAAGAAUAAACAGAAAAACAC